AUGCUGGACAACCUCAAGCUGCGUGUGCUCGAAGGCUCCAAGCAGCUUAAGUCUCAGGUCGAGGGCCACGCCGUGGACAUGAACCAGCGCAUGGCCGUGAACCUCAGCUCCGCGUCCGAGCGCCUUGGCGCCGUGGCCACGGCCACGAUCACGAGCGUCAACAACGCGUCCAUCGACAUCAACAACCGCAUGCACUCGAGCGUCAACUCGGCGUCGGAGAAGAUCACUGCCGUGGCGUCCGCGACGGCGCAGGUCGUCGUCGCCCCCGUCGUACAGAGCGCGCCGCCGCCGCUCGGGGCCAAGGACGCUGACGACGUCGUGGGCGGCCCGUUCUUUGCCGCGCUCGCGUACCGCCAAGACCAAGUACACACGGGCCACAAAGCGCUCUUGGAGAGGUACAAGCGUCGUCUGGACCAUGCAUGA